AUAACACCUAAAUGUUAACCUUUUCUUUAGGCAUCAUAGUAUCAUACUGGAGUGGAGAAUCUGAUAUAGACUGAUAAAUAACUAACCACUUUCAAGUUAAUCAAAAAAAUUCCAAAAUUUCAAACCCCAUCUACUCUGUCUCGUACAUUCCGAUCGUUAAUUUUGAACCUGUAUCAUCGAAGAAGAUUUGGUAGCAAAGUGGAAGGGCAAUUUGUGUUUUAGGUUUUGAUUGUUUUAUGGUAAAGAAUGGCAGCAAAGCAAAUGGAAGAAAUACAAAGGAAAUUAGGGUUAUUAAAUUACCCUAGAGCUAAUGCUCCUUCUCAGUCUCUACUAUUUGCUGGCAUGGAAAGAUACGCGCUUCUUGAAUGGCUUUUCUUUAGACUCUUAGGUGAUAAAUCACCAUUUUCACAACAAAGUGCUUUAGGUGAUGGUAUGGACCGCGAUGAAGAGACUGCUCGGAUUCAAUACUUGGCAGAGAUUGCGAAGUUUUUGGGGAUCACAACUACAAUUGAUACAGAAGCUAUCCAAGGAAGAGGUAGCUAUGAAGAUCGUGCGGAAAUGCUUGGUGUGAUUGUGGAUCUUGUUGAGGCCAGCUGUUAUGCUGAUAACCCCGACUGGAGUAUCGAUGAGCAAGUGGCUAGGGACAUACAGCUAGUGGAUGCCAUUGCUGAGAAGCAAGCUCAAAUUUUCUCCGAAGAGUGCAAAUUGUUCCCUGCAGAUGUGCAGAUUCAAUCCAUAUUUCCGCUGCCUGAUAUUUCUGAACUCGAGUUAAAGCUGUCGGAGCAUUCAAAGAAGCUGUUGAGUCUACAACAGAUGGUUGAUGAUUUGGCAUCAAAGUAUGCAUACAACCCAGAUGAGGAGUAUGCAGAAACGGAAACACAGUUGCGGGGACAACUGGAGUCUUUUCUGGAAACUGCAAAAUCUUUCAAUUUGAUUUACAACAAGGAGAUUCGUCCAUGGACACAUAUGAUGGAAGUACCUCAGUUGCAUGGAUUUGGGCCAGCUGCCAAUCGCUUGUUGGAAGCUUAUAAAAUGCUAUUAAAGUUCCUUUGGAACCUGAGGAAUCUUCGAGAUUCACAUGCUGCAGUUGCUGUCGGGUCAUCUGAAGGAACAAAGAACGAACCAUCUUCCACUUCCAUCACAAGAAUUAUUGCUGAGUGUGAGUCGGCAUUAACAUUUUUGAAUCACGAUCUUGGGGUCCUAUCAGCUUCUGUUUCUCGAGAACGUGGUGAGGAGGUUCCAACACAUUGAAUGGAGAGGACAUAAUGGUCUGUCAUGUAGACUCAAUUGCAAAGUUGUAUUUGUUUGCCGUGUUAUUGGUUGUGUAUUAUGUAGACUCGGUUGCCUUAACCCUACUAAAGUACUAAUCAAUGGUAUUAUGAAACUGUUUUACCCACUGCUUUUGUAACUGAUGCAAAUGGAUCACCAGAUUUGGAACCCUCUCUUUCUGUCCAGAAGGACCCGUAACUGUAAGUAAAAAUGUUGCAUCGGUUAUGUUUAUGAAUAAAGGUGGUUACCG